AUGAGUGCUGCAGAAGUUUCAGUGUACAUGCUAAAGACAGUGCUCACCUCCCCUCUUGGACUGCAGGAGGGAGAAAUGGGUGGAAAGUUCCAUGGAAAACCUGUAGCACUUCUCACUCCUGUGAUCAAGCUUUCCUGCUGCUGUUUGCUGAUCGCAGUCCUCACUGCAGCUGUAGUUGUGCUUUCUGUUGCUUUGUCAGUGAGAAAGGAAAAACAGAUAAUCAAGAACCACAUAUAUGCCAACUGUCCAAGAAACUGGAUUGGGUUUGGAAGUAAAUGUUUUUAUUUUUCUGAUGACACGAAAAACUGGACAUAUAGCCAGACCUCCUGUGUGACAUUAGGAGCCCAACUUGCUCAGUUUGAAAACCAGGAAGAACAGAAUUUCCUGAGAAGAUAUAAGGGCUCUUCUGAUCACUGGAUCGGCCUGCACAGAGAAUCGCCACAGCAUGCUUGGAAGUGGACAGACAACACUGAAUACCACAACAUGGUUUCCAUCAUCCGAGGAGUGGGAGAGCACGCCUACCUGAAUGACAACGGAAUCAGCAGUGCCUGGGUCUAUGCUGAUAGGAAGUGGAUUUGCAGCAAGCCCAACAGCUACGACCCCUGUGCCCAAUAUCUUCAAUCUCUUUUUAGAGAGUCCAUAAGCAGAUGAUUUUAAUGAUGCAUUGCUUUGAUGAACCAAUUUCACUGAGGACGCACCAAUAUAUCAGAAUGUUGAAACCCAGGCACUGAGCAAGAAGAGUCUCUGGCCAGUGCUAAUAUGUGAUUUUGACUCUGGAGAUAAAUAUUGUAGUCAUGCUUUGUACCUAAGCCUCAGCAGGACAACAUUAAAUGAUGUUCAGAAUCUUGUUUUUGUUUUUGUUUGUUGAGACAAUAUCUCACUAUGUAAUGCUACAUGCACUUGCCUCUGCCUCCCAAGUAAUGGGAUCAAAAGUAUCCAACUCUAUGCUUAGCUGCUGCUUAGAAUCUUUACUUAUUCACAGAUGAAUUGAUGAUAUUUUCAGAAUAAAUAUGUGGACUCCUUAAGUUUAUUUUGUAUCUUUACCUGAGUUAGAUUUUAUUCCUCAAAACAUGUCUGUCAAGGAAUGUACUGAUGUAUUCAUUUUAUGUGUACUGAUCUUGAGGCUGAAUAAGUUUAAAUGAUAUUCUAUGAUAAUUUCCAUAUUAAUA